ACCUCCCCAUCUCCACCCGCCCCGAAAGACCUCCGCGCGCGCCUGCAGCGAUUCAACGACCGCCUUCCCCGGUUCCUACGCACCUACACCACCCCGCUCCUAGGCGCGCCCGCAACGCACGUCACCUCGUUCCUCAUCCUCCACGAGCUCACCGCCAUUGUCCCCUUAUUCGGGCUGGCGGGCGCCUUCCACUACGGCAACUGGUUGCCCGACCUGACCGCCAGCGAGUCCUUCCAGCAGGGCACGCAGCGGUUCCAGCGGUGGCUGCGCAAGAAAGGCUGGGUGGAUGCGGAUACGCAGGUGGAUCUGGCCGCCCUCGAGGGCGGUGCAGAGGGGGGGAGAGCCCAAACGGAAGGGGUGCGUCUCGUGCUGGAGUUUGCGACGGCGUAUACGGUGACCAAGUUUCUCCUGCCGGUGCGGAUUGCGGCGAGUGUCUGGGCGACGCCGUGGUUUGCGAGGGUGGUGCUUGGGCCCCUGGGGAAGGGGGUUAGGGGUCUUCUCGGGAAG